AUGUCCUCGAUAUGGUCUGACAACAAGCUCUCUCAAAGGCAUCAUGACAUGCUCGAAAGCAAAGUUCAACAGUUUGCUGGCAUAAUUGUUGGAUUCAUAGUAAAGUUCCUAAAUGGGUACUUUUACUUUACGAAUGGUGAUGUAUUCGCUCAUGAUCACGUUGGAUUAAACGAUUGCGCUUAUGGAAUUUGCACAGUCAAUGAAGUUGUUAGCCAGCAAGACAUAGUUAAUCUCUUCUCUUCUUUUGCUGAAACAAGCGUAUAUUUAGAUAUUCAAAAGCACGUACGAUCCAAUGCAACCAAUUUUCAAGAAUUGCACUUGACAUCAAGCAGUCUCGGCAAUGGCUUUGGGUACUCCAAAUUCUUGAUUGAAACGGCGAAGUUGAUAGAAGAAAAAGUAAAUGAAGUCGGUAGAUAUCGUGCUGCUGCUACCCUGGGUCCUACAUUCAUGAGAAAGCUGCUGGAGAUCAUGAAAAGUGAGCUCAAGGAUGAGCUUUCAAAGCAGUCUGACAGUAUUGUGAAGAUAACACUGAAUAAAGAAAAUCCACUUUUGUUGAUUCUGUCUUCUGUUUUUGUUUUUGUCUUUUUCUAG